GCUGAUCUGACUGGUUUCUUCUCGCUAUCCUUGGCGGAUCCCAGUCUCUGCAACUUGCAGCUCUGCUUAUUCGGGGCCAAUUUUAUUAUUGCCAUGGAUGUCCUGCUCAAUCAUCUGCCGAAAGGUACUGCUUGGGAUUCUUCUUGACGUUUCUUUCAUUACUAUCUCUGUGUUGUCCUGAUUUGCCGCCGCGGGGAAACAUUGCCAUCGUCGACACAAGGGAAAUUCUGGCCAUUCGAGCCUCUCCUUCUCAUUUACCUGGACCUAAGGUAGGCUCCACCACACCUUUUGUGACCAAAUAAUUCUGUGUGAAAGUAAUUUCAGAGCUUGCUUGCUUUACUCCACAUACACAAUGUUCAGAUCCACCAUCGUCCGUCAAGCUGCUAAAGCACUUUCUCGGUCACCACGGCCCGCUGUGUUGGCAGCUACUGAACAGCGAUCUUCAGAUACCUUUGUCCGCUCGCUCUCAUCGACAGCUCUCCGUCUGAACAAAGACGAUGAUAUCAAGAAAGACCCCUUCCUAACAGCGACCAACAAAGCUCCUGAGGGCACAUUGGGAGAGACAGAGGGUCGUUUUGCGCGUACGGACGAGAAUGUCAAGUUUGAAUACCCUGAUGACGAGAAUAUGCCUCGGUCUCCAAUCGUUCAGGGCCGUGGUGGUAUGCAUUUCAAGCGUACACUGGCUCAGUUUUCGCUCGAGAACAGGGUUACUCUUGUGACUGGUGGUGCUCGUGGCCUGGGAUUGACCAUGUCCCAGGCAAUUGUAGCUUCAGGAUCGGAUCUGGCUAUUGUUGACUUGAAUAGAGAGGAAGCGCAGGACCAGGCCGCAAAGCUCGUGGAGCAAUUUCAGAAGGAGAACCCGGGUCUUGAAUCUGAUCGAUUACCCACCGUCACCGCUCACUACGCCGAUGUGUCCAACCCCGAAUCUGUGAACAAUGCCAUUGCAGAAGUCAUUGAGAAGCACGGGAAGAUUGAUCACCUUGUUACCUCUGCUGGGUUUACUGAGAACUUUGACGCCAUCUCGUAUCCUUACGAUCGAAUGCAGAAGUUGUGGGGUGUUAAUGUAGAUGGGACCUAUUUGUUCGCUACCGGAGUCGCCAAGCACCUCAUGGAGCGCAAGGCACCGGGCAGCAUCGUCAUGAUAGGUAGCAUGUCUGGUGCUAUUGUUAACGUUCCCCAGCCUCAGGCCCCCUACAAUGCAGCAAAAGCCGCUGUCCGUCACCUUGCUUCUUCUUUCGCCGUUGAGUGGGCCCAGCAUGGCAUUCGCGUUAACUGUAUAAGUCCCGGAUAUAUGCUCACUGCACUCACUCGGAAAAUCCUCGAGGAGAAUCCUGAGCUCCGCGAUAAGUGGAUAUCUCUAAUUCCUACCGGCAAGAUGGGUACUCCAGAGGACUUGAUGGGUGCUGUUACUUUCCUUCUGAGUGAUGCUUCCCGCUACGUUACGGGAGCUGAUCUCCGUGUUGAUGGUGGCUACACUCUAACUUGAAACAACGAUUUUCUAUUGGGAUAAUGUGUACUGUACGAACAACGAUGGGCACGAUACAAGAUUACCUAG